GGGGACAGUCUGAGAGCCCAGUGUGGACAUAGCGCGACGCAACGAGCUGAGCACGCUCUUCCACUGGGAUCUAUUUCUUCAACACUGGUCCUGCUUUGUUUCUGCCGCCUUUUUUUUUCUGGAGUGAAAUAAACUUUGGAUCUAUGCUAACUCCACGUGGAAUUAUACGAAAUCUGUAACGCGGAAGAGAAGGAAUGCAUCAUUUGUUUGUGAAACUGAUCUUGCCUUUAUCACUGAUUGCUGCAACACGAGGUCUGAGAUGCUCUCUGUCCGCCGAAUCAUGUCUCAAUGGAGGAAGGUGCGAAGACGGCGAGUGCAAGUGUCCUGACGAAUAUGCUGGCAACCGGUGCCAGUUCCCCAGCCCCUGCGUCAAGUCCAGAUGCGAAAAUGGCGGGACAUGUCUCGUGGUCAACCGUGGAAACUUGGUGGACUUUGACUGCAUCUGUCCUCCUGGCUUUAUGGACCGCCUUUGCCUGACUGCGACUAACAACGCCUGCCUGAGCUCCCCCUGUAGAAAUGGAGGGACCUGCGAACUGGUCAGCCUCAUGGAGUUCAAGUGCCGUUGCCCACCUGGUUGGACAGGAAAUACCUGCCAGCAAGCGGACCCCUGUGCCUCAAACCCUUGUGCUAAUGGCGGUCAAUGCACCCCCUUUGAGUCAUACUACAUCUGCCACUGCACAGAGUUUUUCCAUGGGCAGACGUGCAUGCUGGAUGUCAACGAGUGCGCACAGAGCCCAUCCCCAUGUAGGAAUGGUGGCGUGUGUGUCAACGAGGUGGGCUCGUACCACUGCGAGUGCCCUGCAGAGUAUACUGGCAAGCAUUGCGAAGUGUUGUACAUGCCGUGCAACCCCUCCCCCUGCCAGAACGGAGGCACCUGCAUGCAGAAGGGAGAUACCACCUACGAAUGCACUUGUCUCCCAGGGUUUACCGGCCAUCACUGUGAACAGAACAUUGAUGACUGUCCAGACCAUCGCUGUCAAAAUGGGGGCACCUGUGUUGAUGGAGUGAACACUUACAACUGCCAGUGCCGUCCUGACUGGACAGGCCAGUUCUGCACAGAGGAUGUGAAUGAGUGCCAGCUGAUGCCCAAUGCUUGUCAGAAUGGUGGCACCUGCCACAACACGCAUGGCGGGUACCACUGUGUCUGUGUGAAUGGCUGGACUGGAGACGACUGCAGUGAGAACAUAGAUGACUGUGCCAACGCAGCAUGUCACCACGGUGCCACCUGCCAUGACCGUGUAGCCUCCUUCUUCUGCGAGUGUCCUCAUGGCCGCACAGGUCUGCUGUGUCACCUCAACGAUGCCUGCAUCAGUAACCCCUGUCAGAAGGGCUCCAACUGUGACACCAACCCUGUCAACGGCAAAGCAAUCUGCACUUGUCCCCCAGGAUACAUGGGUUCUGCAUGCAACCAGGACAUUGAUGAGUGCUCCCUUGGUUCCAACCCUUGUGAACAUGGAGGCCGAUGCCUGAACACCAAAGGCUCAUUCCAGUGCAACUGUCUGCCAGGCUACACGGGGCCACGCUGUGAAGUCGACAUCAACGAGUGCAUUUCCAACCCCUGCAAGAACGAUGCCACCUGCCUGGACCAGAUUGGGGGUUUCCAGUGUAUCUGCAUGCCAGGGUACGAAGGGAAAUCCUGUGAGAUCAACAUAGACGAAUGUGCCAGCUCGCCCUGUCUGCACAAUGGGAGGUGCAUCGAUAGGAUCAACACCUUCUACUGCGAGUGCCCCAAAGGGUUCAGGGGGAACUUGUGCCAGGUGGACAUCGAUGAGUGCUCCAGCACACCGUGCAAGAAUGGAGCUAAGUGUAUUGACGGACCUAACAAGUAUACAUGUGAAUGCACUGAGGGCUACACUGGGACCCACUGUGAAAUUGACGUUGACGAAUGCCACUCAGGCCCCUGUCAUUAUGGCACCUGCGAGGAUGGCCUGGCCACCUUUACUUGCUACUGCAAGCCUGGCUAUACUGGCCGACUGUGUGAAACCAACAUCAAUGAGUGUCUGAGCCAGCCGUGUCACAAUGGUGGCACCUGCCAAGACAAGGAGAACUCAUACAUCUGCAUCUGUCCUAAGGGCACUGCAGGGUUUAAUUGUGAGGUAAAUCUGGACGACUGCAAGGAUAACCCAUGUGACUAUGGAAAAUGCAUCGACAAGAUCAAUGGCUACGAGUGCGCCUGUGAGGCAGGAUACACUGGAACCAUGUGUAACAUCAACAUUGACGAGUGUGCCUCUUCACCCUGUCACAAUGGCGGCACCUGUGUCGAUGGCAUCAACAACUUCACUUGCUCAUGUCCAGAAGGCUACAGUGAUGCCACUUGCCUCUCGCAGGUCAACGAGUGCUUCAGCAACCCCUGCAUCCAUGGACACUGUGAGGACAAGGUCAAUGGCUACAAGUGUGCGUGUGACUCAGGCUGGAGUGGCCUGAAUUGCGACAUUAACAACAACGAGUGCGAGUCAAACCCCUGUAUGAAUGGAGGAACCUGCAAGGAUAUGACCAGUGGAUACGUUUGCACCUGUAGAGCAGGCUUUAGUGGUCCUAACUGUCAAACUAACAUCAACGAGUGUGCUUCCAACCCGUGCUUGAACCAAGGGACCUGUAUUGAUGAUGUUGCUGGCUACAAGUGCAACUGCAUACUUCCUUACACAGGUGAGAACUGUGAGAACCUUCUGGCACCCUGUAGCUCCAGACCCUGUAAAAACAGGGGUGUGUGUCAGGAAUCUGAAGACUAUGAGAGCUUCUCCUGUGCCUGUCCUGAGGGCUGGCAAGGUCAGACUUGUGAAGUGGACAUCAACGAGUGUGUGAAGAGUCCAUGCCGCAACGGGGCGACCUGCACAAACACUGACGGCGGGUACCAGUGUAGCUGUAAGAAGGGCUUCACUGGGCCUAACUGUGAAGUCGACAUUGAUGACUGCAAGCCCAACCCCUGCAGUAAUGGAGGCCUCUGCCGAGAUCAAGUCGAUGGCUUUGCUUGCACCUGCCUGCCCGGGUUCCGUGGUCCAAAGUGUGAGGAGGAUAUCAACGAAUGCGAUAGCAACCCUUGCAAGAAUGGCGCCAACUGCACGGAUUGUGUCAACAGCUAUACCUGCACCUGCCCACUGGGAUUCAGUGGCAUCCACUGCGAAAACAAUACCCCUGACUGCACUGAGAGCUCCUGCUUCAAUGGUGGUACUUGUGUGGAUGGCAUCAACAACUUCACUUGCCUGUGCCCGCCUGGCUUCACGGGCAGCUACUGCCAGCACGAUAUCAAUGAAUGUGACUCUAAACCCUGCCUGAAUGGUGGUACCUGCCAGGAUAGCUAUGGGACCUACAAGUGCACAUGUCCCCAGGGCUACACAGGGCAAAGCUGCCAGAACCUGGUUCCCUGGUGCAGCUCAUCACCCUGCAAAAACGGCGGAUCCUGCUGGCAGAAGGGCGCUUCUUACAGCUGCGAGUGCCAGAGUGGCUGGACAGGCCUGUACUGUGACGUUCCCAGCGUCUCUUGUGAGGUGGCAGCUAAGCGACAAGGUGUGGAUGUGGCCAACCUGUGCAGGAACUCAGGCCAGUGCCUGGAUGCUGGCAACACACAUUACUGCCGCUGUCAGGCUGGCUACACGGGCAGCUACUGUGAGGAGCAGGUGGAUGAAUGCUCGCCCAACCCAUGUCAGAAUGGAGCCACUUGCACAGACUACCUCGGAGGGUAUACAUGUGAGUGUGUGUCGGGUUACCAUGGGGUAAACUGCUCCAUUGAGAUCAAUGAGUGCCUGUCCCAGCCCUGCCAGAAUGGCGGGACUUGCAUUGAUCUGGUCAACACAUACAAAUGUUCCUGUCCCCGUGGGACACAAGGUGUUCACUGUGAGAUCAAUGUAGAUGACUGCACACCUUUCAAUGACCCGGUCACGUAUGAGCCCAAGUGCUUCCAUGGAGGCAAAUGCAUGGACCGCGUGGGGGGCUACCACUGCGUAUGUCCACCUGGGUACGUGGGAGAGCGCUGCGAAGGUGACGUUAAUGAGUGCCUGUCAGACCCCUGCGAUCCACGUGGCACUUACACCUGUGUCCAGCUUACCAACAGCUACCGCUGCGAGUGCCGUACUGGCUACACAGGAAAGCACUGUAACACUGUGUUUGAUGGCUGUAAGGGGAAGCCCUGCCGCAAUGGAGGCACGUGUGCUGUGGCCAGCAACACCCCUCAUGGAUUCAUCUGCAAAUGUCCACCAGGGUACACAGGUUCUACGUGCGAAUAUGAUGCCCGAUCCUGUGGUAGCCUGCACUGCCGCAAUGGGGGCACGUGCAUUUCAGGCCAUAAGAGUCCCAGUUGCCUCUGCACAGUGGCCUUCACAGGUCCUGAAUGCCAGUACCUGGUGGACAGCCCCUGUAACUCCAAUCCCUGUUAUAAUGGUGGCACUUGUGAGUAUGUGUCUGAAGAUCAUCUCUACCACUGCGUUUGCCCCACAAAUUUCAAUGGCCUCCUCUGCCACAUUCUGGACUACACCUUCCCGGGAGGCUUGGGACGCGACAUCACACCACCUCCCAAGGUGGCAGAGAGUUGUGGUAGCCCACGCUGUGAGGAGCGCAGCGGUGACAAAACCUGUGACAGUGCGUGCAAUAGUCACGCGUGUGGCUGGGAUGGCGGUGACUGCUCACUUAACUUCAACGACCCGUGGAAGAACUGCACAGCCUCGCUACAGUGCUGGCGAUACUUCAACGAUGGCAAGUGCGAUGAGCAGUGCAACAGUGCUGGGUGCCUGUAUGAUGGCUUCGACUGCCAGAACCUGGAGGGCCAGUGCAACCCGCUGUAUGACCAGUAUUGUAAGGACCAUUAUGCAGAUGGUCACUGUGACCAGGGCUGCAACAAUGCUGAAUGUGAGUGGGAUGGCCUGGACUGCGCCAACAAUGUACCUGAGAAGUUGGCGGUUGGCCACCUGGUGCUAGUGGUCCACCUUACACCAGAACAGCUGAAGAACAACUCAACUGCCUUUCUACGUGAGCUGAGCCGUGUGAUCCAUACCAAUGUGGUCUUUCGGCGUGAUGCUCAGGGCGAGCCCAUGAUCUAUCCAUACUUUGGUAGCGAGCAGGAACUAAGUAAGCACAAAAUCAAGCGCUCAGUUGACACUUGGGCUCAGUUCCCUGAGACUCUACUCAGUGAAGUAAAGCGCUCGCUGGAUGGUGUAUUUGACACCCACCGCCGACGCCGUGAGCUGGACCAGAUGCAGAUCAAGGGGUCAGUUGUUUACCUGGAGAUUGAUAAUCGGCAGUGUAUUCAGCAGUCCAAUGACUGUUUCCAGAGUGCCACUGAUGUAGCUGCCUUCUUGGGAGCAUUGGCCUCCAGCGGCAACCUGAAAGUCCCUUAUAUCAUCGAGGCUGUCACUAGUAAGAACGACGCCCAACCACCCCUUGAACUGUACCCAGUGUAUGUGGUGCUGGCAGGGCUGGCAAUGCUUGCCUUCAUUGCUGCUGGGGUGGUGGUCUCCCGCAAGCGGCGCCGUGAGCAUGGCCAGCUCUGGUUCCCUGAAGGCUUCAAGGUUAGUGAGCCCAGCAAGAAGAAGAGGCGGGAGCCGGUCGGGGAGGACUCAGUCGGGCUAAAACCACUGAAGAACUCUUCGGACAUUUCGCUGAUGGAUGACAACCAAAAUGAAUGGGGAGAGGAGCCGUCAGACAUCAAGCGCUUCAGGUAUGAGGAACAGGCGAUGUUAGAUCUGGAUGACCAGACAGACCAUCGUCAGUGGACCCAGCAGCACCUAGAUGCAGCUGAUCUGCGCAUUCCCUCCAUAGCCCCCACACCCCCACAGGGUGAAAUUGAUAACGAUUGCAUGGAUGUCAACGUCCGUGGUCCAGAUGGUUUUACCCCACUCAUGAUUGCAUCCUGCAGUGGCGGUGGAUUGGAGACGGGCAACAGUGAGGAAGAAGAAGAUGCCUCGGCCAAUGUAAUCUCCGACUUCAUCUACCAGGGUGCCAACCUGCACAAUCAAACAGACCGUACGGGUGAAACCGCUCUGCAUUUGGCAGCCCGUUAUGCUCGCUCUGAUGCUGCUAAGCGUCUCCUGGAGUCCAGCGCUGAUGCCAACGUCCAGGACAACAUGGGGCGCACUCCACUGCAUGCAGCUGUUGCAGCUGAUGCCCAGGGAGUUUUCCAGAUUUUGAUAAGGAACAGGGCCACAGACCUGGAUGCUCGCAUGCAUGAUGGAACCACACCUCUGAUACUGGCAGCUCGCCUGGCAGUGGAGGGCAUGGUGGAGGAGCUCAUCAAUUCUCACGCAGAUGUCAAUGCUGUUGAUGAUUUUGGCAAGUCUGCCCUGCACUGGGCUGCUGCAGUGAACAACUUGGAUGCAGCUGUAGUUCUUCUGAAGAACGGGGCCAACAAAGACAUGCAGAACAAUAAGGAGGAGACACCCCUAUUCUUGGCUGCAAGAGAAGGAAGCUAUGAGACGGCCAAGGUGUUGCUGGACCACUUUGCCAACCGCGAGAUCACGGACCACAUGGACCGGCUGCCACGGGACAUCGCCCAGGAACGUAUGCACCACGACAUUGUGCGCCUGCUAGAUGAAUACAACCUGGUGCGCAGCCCACCAAUGCACAACAGCCACAUAGGUGCCACACUGUCACCCCCUCUCUGCUCCCCCAAUGGCUACCUAGGUGGUGGCAGCAGCAGUAGUGGUGUUGUGAAGCCGGCAGCCUCAAGCAAGAAGGCACGUAAGCCCAGUGCCAAGGGCAUCAGUUGCAAGGAUGGCAAGGACAUGAAGGCCCGUAGGAAGAAGGCCCAGGAUGGGAAGGGAGGGCUGCUGGACAGUUCUGCUGUACUCUCACCAGUGGACUCCUUGGAGUCUCCACAUGGAUACAUGUCUGAUGUGGCUUCCCCACCCAUGAUGACAUCUCCCUUCCAGCCAUCCCCAUCCAUGUCACUUAACCACUUGCAGGGCAUGCCCGAGGCCCACAUGGGAGUCAGCCACCUAGGCAUGGCUGCCAAGCAAGAGCUGGGCCGGGUGCCCUUUGACCCAAUGCCACCACGCCUCUCUCACCUGCCUGUGUCAAGCCCCGGUACCACUGGUUCCAUGACUCUGGCCAUGGGUGGUGGGGCUAGCCAAUGUGACUGGAUCUCUAGGAUGCACCCAGGUGCUGGCCAGCAGAACCAGUUCAACCCCAUGCGGAGCGUGUCAGCUUCGGGGGGUCUUCACCAAGCCAGCUCCUCAGUGCCACAGCAUGGCAUGAUGACCUCACUCCACAACAGUCUGCCUACCACUACUCUCUCCCAGAUGAUGAGCUAUCAAGGCUUGUCUGGUAGCUGCCUCGCCAGCCAGUCCCACCUCAUGCAGGCACAGCAAAUGCAGCAGCUCCAACACCAGCAAAGCAUGCAGCAGCAGUCUCAGCAGUCACAGCAGCCGCAGCAGCAAAGCAUUGCAUUACAGCACCAGAACUCCAACACUGCCACUGGUAGUCACGCUAUUGGCCAGAAUUUCCUCAGCAAUGAUUUGAGCAGAUCGGAUCUGCAGCCUGGGUCAGGCGGCACCAUGUCCCUUCACACCAUCCUACCCCAGGAAACACAGAUCCUGCCCGCCUCGCUCGGCCAGAGCAUACCAAGCACGCAGUUCCUCACCCCGCCUUCUCAGCAUAGCUACUCGGCCCCCAUGGACAACACCCCUAAUCAUCAGCUGCAGGUGCCUGAUCACCCUUUCCUAACCCCCUCACCGGGAUCACCAGACCAAUGGUCAAGCUCCUCCCCACAUUCCAAUAUGUCUGACUGGUCAGAAGGAAUCUCCAGUCCUCCAACCAGCAUGCAGUCUCAAAUUGGACAUAUUCCAGACCAGUUUAAGUAAGGAGAUCAAAUUUACCCAGCCAACUUAAGUUUUAAGUAUAGUUUAAAAGCACUCUUUGAAAAAGAAAAUCUAAUUAAAUAGAAAGAGGACUUUAAAAAAAUAGCAGAGGGAACAGAUUUGUCUGAAUCAUCCCGUUUAAAUAUGAUUUUAUACUAAUGUGAUAAGAAUUAUGUUGCAUUAAUUUUGUAUUUAUUUAUGUACUUUAUAUUUUAUGUAGGAAAAACAGACAGAUGGCCUUAUUUAUAUAUUGUAUUUUCUGCAAAAGAUUUCUUUGGGGCCAAAGAACUGGGCCUAAAACUGUGGAAAACUACUUUUUUUAACGUAGACAGUUACAUGUUAGUGCUUUUGUCUGCAGUUUAUCAGCAAUUCCUCUUUUUGUUAACAUACGGUAUUUAUAUUGGUGACUUAAGUUGUUACUUCCGUAAAAGACACCAAUUCCUCGCUUUUCUAAUUGAUUGUAAUGCUUUAUAAUUUUGUAUAAAGAAAAAAAUGCUACAAAUAUUUUCCUUAAUUUUGUGGAUGUUUUUUUAAGUUUCAGUAUUAAUUAGGUUUAUAUUAGUCUUCCGACAGUAACUAGUUAGUUCUUGUUUUUUACAGAACCAGGACCCAUAAGCUAUUCUUACUGCCAAUGUCUGCAUGUGGAAGGUAGAUCUUAAAAGACUUAACAUCUGAUGACUUUCCUGUCCAGUUAGAAUUCAGACAUUUCUAGUACUCUGUUUUUUUGUCCUCAGCCUCAAGAAUAUCAGUCAUGAUUCUCUAAAUUCCAGAUUUUAUUAGUCAUCCAUGUUGCCUGUCAUGUGUGGUGUGUCAGUUGUCUUUCCUUGUUCUCAAAAGGAGUACCGAAGUUGGCAUUGUGUGUCAUAGGGACUUUUUGAUUGCAAUGGGGUGGAGUCUCCACGUGAGAAAACUGUCAAGCUGCCCCAAACCCUCUCUGAGGUUAAACACUGGAUGCGCCUUUUGUGCAAACAGCAGAGUGGAACAUGGACUUCAGUAAUGUGCAGGCAAACAGUUGUUGUUUGUCGUGUUAAAAUCCAACUCUUGUUCCCCUUGUUUGAGGAACGAUGGCCAAGUGGCCGAGCCGUAACACUCCUCUUCCUAUUUGCUGAUGUCCUCAGUGACUCUUGCUUGAAUUGAACAGAUCUGCCACUGGUUUCUUUGUGUAAAUAAUAUGUGCUGCCGAAAGCAAGAUUUUGUUUCAGAAAUCUUAAAGUCUUAAACAUGUUUGUCGAUAUGAUGUCAUAAGGGAUUAAAAUUAUAAAAAUACAGAAUUGUGUUACUCAGUGUUACUGAGUUGGAAUUAAAUACAAAUAUAUUAAAAUAUAUCAAUACAAUACAUGGGGAAUAUUUGCAAUCCCUAUAGAUAAACAAUACGACUGACUAUGGGUAUAUAAAUCAUUAUUUAUUGAUUUGUUUUGUAAUACAAAAUAAUCCAUUGAGUAUCCUAGGGGUUCUGGAUACAGUGUGUAAUGGCAUAACUUGUAGGUGGAAGAAAGCUUGUGUUCUAGCGUCCUUAUAUGGUGCGAUGUUAUGACAUCUGCUUCAUGAGAAGUACUGGAUGGUGUAAGAUGAUGUCUUGUUUUAUAAACUAGGCCUUAGAAGAUGUAUCACGAUAACAGUUUUGUUUUUUUAAGUGACAUACCGUGCAAAGUUGUUUGCAAACAAAAAAUGUAAACUGAUUUGUAAACUUUGGUUUUUAUUACAAUAAAGGGCAUUUUUUUGAUUCAGAUUUCAUUUGUGUGUCAAUUUCACCUGUCCACCCAUUUAUGUAAAUGUGUUGUGUGUCUCAGACUGAUGCUGUUUGACCUGGUCAUUCAGUACUGUAUUUGGACCACAAUGUACUUAGUUUAGCUAAGAAUUCAUUAAAAUUUCCGACCAAUUCA